UUCUUGUUUUACAUUAGUGCUUUGCUAGCAUUUGGUAAGCUCAGUGCUGCUACUCCAAUGAAUUCCAGGAGGGUUCCAAAUUUAAACUUUGGUUGUAAUUAAAAAACAAAAAAAAUUUACCUAAUCCUAAUUAUUACGAGUUACGUUUUAAAAAUAAAUUUUCGUUUACCACUGCAAAAUGUUGAUCAGAAAAAAAAAAGGUACAUAAAGUGAUAAAGAAAGCACAAAGAACAAGGAAUGGAAUAUGUUCUUAUAUUAGAUGCUGUUGUACAUUUUGCCCUAUAAAUAGUAGGGAAGAAGCCUAGCUUGUUUCCAAUAAGACGGUGCUUGUCUCUCUGUUCUCUUCAUUGGCCAAAACGCCCUUUGAGUUCGGUAGGGUUUUUGGUUUUUCAUCUCCCUCUGUUUUCUUUGUUUUGGCAGUCAGAGAAAAAAGCUUUAGCAUAGUUCUAGAUGGACACGUACACUGUCCAUCUUGCCAUGGCGGCUCUCGUUGGAGCGUCGCUGGUGGCGGUGUCGGCGUAUUAUAUGCACAGGAAAACACUAAGUCAGCUGCUGGAGUUCGCCAAGGCGGUUGAGAGGGAGAAGGGGGAGAUUUCGGAGGGAGAGUCGCCGCAGCACUUCAAGAAACGGCGCGGCCACCACUCGCGCCGGAAGGGGAACGGAUACUACCGCCGUAGCUCGGCGUCUUUGCCGGAUGUUACUAUGAUAUCCGGUGGGAUUGAUCGAGAAGAGAAGCGCAACGGUCCUAUCCAUGUUGACGGGAUUCCACCCGGCUUGCCAAGGCUCCAUACGCUGCCUGAAGUAGUUAUUUUGGCUUCAGGGAAUUCUGGUGGCCAUGCAACUUCAGCUAAGAGAUCUGGAAAACUUAUCCGACCUACUUCUCCAAAGUCCCCUGUUGCUAGUGCAAGUGCCUUUGAGAGCAUAGAAGGAUCAGAUGAUGAAGAUAAUAUGACUGACAAUUCUAAGAUAGACACUACAUAUUUGUAUACUAAUGGAAAUGCUGGCCCAAAUUUGCCAGACCACAUUAGUGCCAAUGGAGAAGCAAUGCAGAUAGCUGCUUCAAGUGUGAUUCGAUCCCAUAGUGUACCUGGUGAGCUCCAUGGCGUUCAUCCUGAUCCUAUUGCAGCUGAUAUCCUAAGGAAAGAGCCAGAGCAAGAAACUUUUGCACGACUUGAAAUUUCCCCUACUGAGGUUCCAUCGCCAGAUGAAGUAGAGGCCUAUGUAGUUCUGCAAGAAUGCCUUGAAAUGCGGAAAAGAUACGUAUUCAAGGAGGCAGUUGCUCCUUGGGAGAAAGAAGUCAUAUUGGACCCCAGUACACCUAAACCUAAUCCAGAGCCAUUUUUUUAUGCUCCUGAGGGAAAAUCUGAUCAUUAUUUUGAGAUGCAAGAUGGAGUAAUACAUGUCUAUGCAAAUAAAGACUCAAAAGUAGAGCUCUUUCCUGUAGCUGAUGCGAUAACCUUUUUCACUGACUUGCAUCACAUACUUCAUGUUAUAGCGGCAGGGAAUAUUAGAACUUUAUGUCAUCACCGGCUAAAUCUUCUAGAACAAAAAUUCAAUCUUCAUUUGAUGCUUAAUUCGGAUAGAGAAUUUCUAGCUCAGAAAAGUGCACCACAUAGGGACUUCUAUAAUGUGAGAAAGGUUGAUACUCAUGUUCAUCACUCAGCAUGCAUGAACCAGAAACAUCUUUUGAGGUUUAUAAAGUCGAAGUUGAGGAAGGAGCCAGAUGAGGUUGUAAUAUUUCGAGAUGGGACAUAUUUAACCCUGAAAGAAGUUUUUGAGAGCUUGGAUUUAACUGGGUAUGAUUUAAAUGUGGACCUUCUUGAUGUUCAUGCAGACAAGAGCACCUUUCAUCGCUUUGAUAAAUUCAAUCUUAAGUAUAAUCCUUGUGGUCAAAGUAGGCUCAGGGAGAUUUUCCUCAAGCAGGAUAAUCUUAUCCAAGGUCGAUUCCUUGGUAAGCUGACAAAGCAAGUGUUUUCUGAUCUUGCUGCAAGCAAAUAUCAGAUGGCUGAAUACAGAAUAUCAAUAUAUGGCAGGAAGCAAAGCGAGUGGGACCAACUGGCUAGUUGGAUCAUUAACAAUGAACUGUACAGCGAGAAUGUUGUUUGGUUAAUUCAGAUCCCUCGACUUUACAACAUUUACAAGGAGAUGGGGAUUUUUACAUCAUUUCAGAACAUUCUUGACAACAUCUUUAUUCCUCUGUUUGAGGUUACUGUGGAUCCAGAUUCACAUCCUCAGUUACAUGUCUUCUUGAAACAGGUUGUAGGGUUGGAUUUGGUAGAUGAUGAAAGUAAGCCCGAAAGGCGCCCCACAAAACACAUGCCUACACCAGAUCAAUGGACUAAUGUAUAUAAUCCUGCAUACUCAUACUACGUGUAUUACUGCUAUGCAAACCUCUAUACUUUAAACAAGCUUCGCGAGUCAAAGGGCAUGACAACCAUCAAAUUCCGGCCACAUUCUGGGGAGGCUGGUGACAUUGACCACCUUGCGGCAACAUUUCUAGCUGCUCAUAAUAUUGCACAUGGAACCAAUUUAAGGAAAUCUCCUGUGCUACAGUAUCUUUAUUAUUUGGCACAGAUUGGCCUGGCUAUGUCUCCUCUGAGCAACAAUUCCUUGUUUUUGGACUAUCAUCGGAACCCUUUUCCAAUGUUUUUCUUACGGGGUCUGAAUGUUUCCCUUUCUACGGAUGAUCCACUUCAAAUACACUUAACAAAGGAACCUUUAGUCGAGGAGUAUAGCGUAGCUGCUUCUGUGUGGAAGCUGAGUUCAUGUGAUCUAUGUGAGAUUGCCCGUAAUUCAGUCUACCAGUCAGGUUUUUCACAUGCUUUGAAGUCGCACUGGAUUGGAAAGGAGUACUACAAGAGAGGGCAUGAUGGAAAUGAUAUACACAAGACAAAUGUACCUCAUAUCAGGCUGGAAUUUCGUGACACGAUCUGGAAAGAGGAGAUGCAGCACGUUUACCUAGGCAAGGCUAUUAUCCCUGAAGAAGUGGACAAAUAACGUGCAACAUACUGCAUAAGGUCCAUUCUUGAACAUUAAACAUAUACUCAGGAGGAGGCAAAAAACCUGCCUUCUACCCGCACAAAAGGGAGGAUGACCCAUAAGAACUGAGAAAUGGCAGGGACAAGCAACAAGCUGAUCAUGAAUUUAACAAGGUUUGAGGCCACAGGUUGACCUUGUAUGUGAUGGAAUUGUUGGAAGGAAAGAUCUGCAAUAUCUCAGCCAUUAGAGUAUGGGUAUCAAAAACCAAAUCAAAUUCAAAUACAUACUAUAAACACGAGGAAGCAAAUAACAAACAUUCCAUUGGGAUAAUAACCAAAAGUGAUUUCUAGUUUUAGGUUACUUAAAGAGCGAUUAUAUAAUACUAUAUUACUCCUUAAUAUUGCGGUUACCAGUGUAUGCUAUGAUACUCUUUGGCAUCAUAAAUUUUGACCCAAUUUUUUGAGGAAUGCGAUGUCUCAUGGAACAGUAUACCAAGAACAUUCCUGGCUGCCUUUUGCAAUAAUAAAUUCUUUUGUUCAUGAAUAAAUUUACUCAUCUUCUUCUAUCUCAU